AAAACCCACAGCUUGAACCGAUGCUCUUCCAAACACCAAAUCCAAUCAAAAAAAAAAACCAACCCCCCUCUUCUCCAUUCUCUUCCCGAAUCCCGAUGAGGGGAUGUCGGCGAGGCUGCGGCUUGCAGGUGGAGGAGCUCCACGCCGAGACGCAGCGCCGCCGCGGCCUCGACGCCUCCGGCGACAAAUCAUGAGUGCGGAGGCUGCACACUGCCCCUUCUAAUGCUGCUGCUGCUGCUGCUGUCACGGAUGGUGGUGAUCAGGACAAGACGAAAUCCGCAAAAGAUGAUGAUGGUGAUGACAAAGUUCAGUGUAAAAAGGAGAAGAUUGUCACGGCCACGAAGAAAGGUGCUGCAGUGUUGGACCAGUACAUCCCUGACAACAUCAAAACGGCCUACCAUGUCUUGCAAGUGGGUGAUGAGAUCUAUGAUGCCACCAUGAACCAGACUAAUGUUGGAGGCAACAAUAAUAAGUUCUAUAUCAUCCAAGCCUUAGAAUCUGAUGCUGGUGGAAACUUCAUGGUUUACAGUAGAUGGGGGAGGGUAGGGACACGGGGUAAAGGCAAGCUACAGGGUCCCUUCUCAUGAGAACAAGCAAUAGAUGAAUUUGAGAGAAAGUUCCAUGAUAAAACAGAUAUCCAUUGGUCCUAUCGCAAGGGAUCUCAUUGUUAUGCACAUAAAUACACCUGGCUUGAAAUGGACUAUGGUGAAGCUGAUAAAGAAACUAAUAAGAAGACCAGUUCCAUUACUAAUCAGUUAGAAGAAACGAAACUUGAAACUCGAACUGCAAGCUUCAUAUCCCUCAUAUGCGAUAUAAGCAUGAUGAAGCAGCAAAUGGUGGAAAUAGGUUACAAUGCUGACAAGCUUCCUCUGGGAAAGCUAAGCAAAUCUACAAUACUUAAGGGUUAUGAUGUUUUGAAAAGGAUUUCCAAUGUUAUUUCAGGAGCAGACACGGACAGGACACAGCUUGAACAAUUGACUGGAGAAUUCUACAGUGUGAUCCCUCAUGACUUCGGUUUUAAGAAAAUGAGUGAAUUCAUUAUUGACACUCCUCAGAAGCUAAAAGCUAAGCUAGAAAUGGUUGAAGCCCUUAGUGAGAUUGAGAUUGCAAUCAAGCUUCUGGAGGACGAUUCAAGUGACCAGGAUCAUCCAUUGUAUGCCCGAUACAAGCAAUUUUGCUGUGACUUUACACCUUUGGAAGUUGAUUCUGAAGAAUACUCUAUGAUAAAAACAUAUUUGACAAAUACCCAUGGAAAAACACAUACAGGUUAUACUGUUGACAUAGUGCAAAUAUUUAAGGUGUCAAGGCUUGGUGAAAUGGAGCGGUUUCAGAAGUUUGCUAGUGCUGGCAAUAGGAUGCUUUUAUGGCAUGGUUCUCGGCUGACCAACUGGGCUGGUAUUCUUUCUCAGGGUUUGCGAAUUGCUCCUCCUGAAGCACCUAUUUCAGGAUUCAUGUUCGGGAAAGGGGUAUACUUUGCUGAUAUGUUUUCCAAGAGUGCAAACUAUUGUUGUGCUUCAGAAGCAUGCAAGUCUGGUGUGAUGCUUCUAUGUGAGGUUGCACUUGGUGAAAUGAAUGAACUACUAUAUGGAGAUUUUGGUGCCGAUAACCUGCCAAAUGGAAAACUAAGUACGAAAGGAGUUGGCCAAACAGAACCCAACAUAGCUGAGUCCAAGAUCACUGAUGAUGGUAUGGUUAUUCCACUUGGGAAACCUGAGAAGGUACCUUCGAGAAGGCUCCUAUCUAACUGCAGGGUAGCUUGAUGUACAACGAGUACAUAGUUUACAACGUGGAUCAGAUAAGGAUGCGUUACAUCCUCAAUGUCAACUUCAACUUCAAGAGAUGGGGAUGAAAUCCGACCAUCUCAGAACAUGAGAUUUUACCAUUGGGGUUCCCUUCUUAUGUGAACAAAUGUGUUAUAAAGAUAAUUUCCUAGUAUAUUUUCAUGUGGUUCUAUGCUGAUCGCUAAUGCUGUGUGUGUGUAUAGGACCAUCACAAUCCAUUUUCCAUGUGCACUCAAAUUUUGUAGAAGGAAUUACUCAUCGGUGCAAGUAAAACUGACAUGUGUGGACAUUCUGCUGCUA